AUGACGAGAGUGCUCGCUGGUCCAUAUUGCACGCAGAUACUGGGCGAUUUAGGAGCUGAGAUCAUCAAGAUCGAACAUCCUACCCGCGGCGACGACACUCGAGCUUGGGGACCACCAUAUGCUUCAUAUACCGAACAGAGUGGCAAACAAGGCUCUGGCGAGAGUGCUUACUUCCUAGCCGUCAACCGCAACAAAAAAUCCCUAGGCCUAUCCUUUCAACACAAGUCCGGCGUCAAGAUCCUCCACAAGCUAGCGAAAGACUGUGAUGUCCUCGUGGAGAACUACCUUCCAGGCGCUCUCAAAAAGUACGGCAUGGACUACCAGAGCGUGGCAAAAGUCAAUCCAGGCCUCAUCUACGCAAGCAUCACCGGCUAUGGCCAGACAGGACCGUACAGCAAUCGCGCCGGCUACGAUGUCAUGGUCGAGGCCGAAAUGGGCCUAAUGCACAUAACAGGCCACCGUGACGGCCCUCCCGCCAAGGUCGGCGUAGCAAUCACCGACCUGACAACCGGCCUCUACACCUCCAACUCCGUCAUGGCCGCCCUCCUCGCCCGCGCCAAAACCGGUCGCGGCCAGCACCUCGACGUCUCCCUCGCAGACUGCCAGAUCGCUUCUCUCGCUAACAUAGCCUCCUCCUGCCUCAUCUCCGGCAAACCGGACUCAGGCCGCUGGGGUACUGCUCACCCUUCCAUUGUGCCGUACAAAGGUUUCAAAACCAGUGACGGUGACAUCAUGUUGGGAGGCGGGAACGACCGGUUGUACGGCGUCAUGUGCGAGCGGUUGGGGAAGAAGGAGUGGAUUUCUGAUCCACGGUUCCUGACGAAUGCGGAUCGGGUGAAGAACCGGGAUGAGCUGGAGAGAUUAGUGGAGGAGGUAACGAGUACGAAGACGACGCAGGAGUGGUUGGAGGUGUUGGAGGGGAGCGGGAUGCCGUAUGCGGCUAUCAAUGAUGUGAAGGCGACGUUGGAGCACGAGCAUACGAAAGCGAGAAACAUGGUCACCGAGAUCGACCAUCCGUCUUGCGGGCCGGUGAAGCUGUUGAGUCCGCCUGUCAAGUUUUCCGACUCCACGCCGAGUAUCCGCACCCCGCCGCCGACGCUGGGACAGCAUACGGAGGAGAUUCUGGGGGAGAUGUUGGGGAUGAGUGGGAGUGAGGUGGAGCGGUUGAGGAGUGAAGGUGUUGUAGCGUGA